GUCUCGCGAGAGUUCUGUGUGUCCUUGUUACGUCCAUAAUGGGUUAUUGGGACCUCGAAGAGGGGAAAGAUUGUGUUGGGAAAACAUGGAUUACCACCAAAUUGGGCACUGCCAUUGGGCUGGUUGGCUCGGCGUAUCAUCUUGUGUUAAUCCAGCCCGAAACUUCACUUGAAGCAUUGACAAGGGCAGUGAAUGGCACGGUCACGAUGGCUUCUCUGGGGGCGAUAUUUGGAGUCACCACGUGUCUGAGUGCACAUGUUAGGGACGCUCCUGAUGAUCCCACCAACUACUUCCUCGGAGGAUGUGCAUCAGGAGCCUUUCUUGGGGCUCGAACUCGCAGCGUUGUAACGGGCACAACCACUUGUCUAGGGCUGGGGAUCGUUGCCAUGCUUACUAAAGUUGGGAAGAAGGAAGGCUGGAGGUUAUCUGGUGAACCCAGACUGUAAAACCUUAACUACUGUUGUGUUCAUAUUGUAUAUUGCUUAAAUAAAUCUUUAUGAAAGGGG